AUGGAAAAUUUCAAAGUCUUGAUCAUUGGGGGCUCUGUAGCAGGGCUUACGCUCGCCAAUUGUCUGGAAAGACUGGAAAUUUCAUACGAGAUUCUUGAGCAGAGCGACGACAUAUGCCCUCAGCUCGGCAUUUUUGAUUCUGUUGAAAGGGUGAUUGAACCUCUAGAACUUGCACGAAUAUGCUUCCCGGAUGGCUACUUCUUCCGAACUACAUACCCGUCCAUAAUUAGGGAUCAUCUUGGAUAUCCGCUAUCAUUCCUCGAACGCCAGAAGUUCCUCGAAAUCCUCUAUAACAAGCUCGUUUAUAAGGAUCGAGUCCACACCGGCCAGACGGUUUUAUCCAUUGAGGAUCUAGGGUCCCACGUCGUUGCCAGAACUGCCGAUAGGGAAUACUCGGGACACUUGGUUGUGGGGGCCGAUGGAGUCCACAGCAUUGUUCGAGCAGAGAUCUGGAAUCAGGCCAAUCAGGCCAAGCCCGGGGCUAUUGCGGAUAGCGAAAAGUCUGCUCUGAGGAUCGAAUACGCUUGCGUAUACGGAAUCUCGUCUGGAGUUCCCGGCGUGCAGGACGGGGUCCAGUUAAGUCUACUCGACCAUGGUGUUACGAUCCAUGUGUUCAGCGGCAGGAAUACCAAAGUCUUUUGGUUCGUUAUUCUUAAGAUAGAACGAUACUGUUAUGGCGAUAGGCCGAAAUUCGACACUCAGGAUGCCCGCGAAAUCUGUGAGAGCCUAAAGACCAAGAAGAUCGACUCGACCUUGACCUUUGGAGAUGUAUGGAUCAGCUGUGACAUAUUCGCAAUGACACCACUAGAAGAAGGAUACUUCAAGACGUGGCAUUUUGGUCGCUUGAUGUGCAUCGGGGAUGCAGUACGCAAGAUGGCGCCCAACUUUGGCCAGGGUGCCAACAUGGCCAUUGAAGAUGCUUCGGCCUUGGCCAAUGCAUUGUGGAAGGGGGAUCUCGGCAAGGGCAUGGCCGAAACCCGAGCAAUGGAAGACAUAGUGCGACCUCUUAUCGCGAGCCGACUCGCCAGUACAAAAAAUGCCUGCAGGCGGUCGGAGUUCCUCGCCCGCCUGCAGGCCGGCGACGGCAUGGUGAAGCGCCUCUUUGCUAGAUACAUCUUCCCUGCCUUGCAUGACAUCCCUAGUGGGUCUUCAGCUGCAAUCCUCAAGGGGGCAGAACGGCUCGAGUUUGUGGACCUCCCGGCACGAGCGAAACUGCAGCAUGCCGGAUGGACCCUGGCCAAGAGUCUGGGAUGGUUGGUAGGCAGACGUCGUAUCCUGUUUCUCGCCUGCAUGGGGGCUUUGUUUAUGUCGUGGGCAUCGGAUUGGGUUACGACUUUUGUUUAUGUGGAUGCCGCGGAACGUAGUCUGCACGAAGACCAGCCUUGGUAA